AUGUUGAAAUCAACAUUUUGUGUAUUACAUGGUUUAAAGGAUAAAAGUCUUUAUGCAUUGAAUGAGUGUCCUUAUGAUCAGGGUGGAUAUUUUAUAAUUAAUGGUUCGGAGAAGGUAUUAAUUGCACAAGAAAGAAUGGCUACAAAUACCGUCUAUGUAUUUUCAAAAGCACCACCUUCACCUUAUUCUUUCACAGCUGAAAUAAGAAGUGCUAUGGAAAAGGGUUCAAAAUUGGCAAGUUCUUUGGUGAUAAAACUUUUAGCAAAAACUGCCGAAAAAGGAGCAACAGGACAAUUUAUACAUGCCACAAUGCCAUACAUUAAAAAAGAUGUGCCAAUAGUGAUUGCUUUUCGUGCCCUUGGUGCUGUUUCAGAUCAAGAUUUUUUAUCAUUUGUUUGUUAUGAUUUUAAUGACAAUGAGAUGUUGGAAGCUUUAAAACCUUGUAUAGAAGAAUCUUUUACAGUCCAAAAUUCAGAUGUUGCAGCUGAUUGGAUUGGUCGUCGAGGAACAGCUGGCAAUUUGUCAAGAGAUAAACGUAUAAAAUAUGCUAAAGAGAUACUUCAAAAAGAAUUGUUGCCGCAUGUAUCCACAGAUUAUGGAUGUGAGAAAAGGAAAGCUUUCUUUCUUGGUUACAUGGUUCAUAGACUUUUACUUGCUGCUCUUGGAAGACGUGAAUUGGAUGAUCGUGAUCAUUAUGGUAAAAAAAGAAUGGAUCUUGCUGGCCCUCUUUUGGCUUCUUUAUUCAGAAUGCUGUUCAAAAAACUUACAAAAGAUGUUUCUUUAUAUCUUAGAAAGUGUAUAGAUUCAAAUCGGGAAUUCAAUUUAAAUCUGGCCAUUAAGGCACAAACAAUCACAAAUGGUUUAAAGUAUUCUCUUGCUACAGGUAAUUGGGGUGAUCAAAAGAAAGCUAUGCAGUCUCGAGCAGGUGUAUCACAGGUGCUUAAUAGAUACACUUUUGCAUCCACAUUAUCACAUUUAAGAAGAUGCAAUACACCUAUGGGAAGAGAUGGGAAAAUAGCAAAGCCUCGUCAAUUACACAAUACUCAUUGGGGUAUGGUAUGCCCUGCUGAGACACCUGAAGGUCAAGCUUGUGGUCUUGUUAAAAACCUUUCUCUAAUGUCCUACAUAUCUGUUGGAAGCUCUUCAAAACCAAUAAUCGACUUCUUGGAGGAAUAUGGAAUGAUCAAUCUGAAUCAACAAUUUGAUCCUUCAAACAUUAAAGACAAUACAAAAAUUUUUGUUAAUGGUAAAUGGGCUGGUGUGUCUUCUUCGCCUGAAACUUUAGCCAACACUUUGAAAAAUUUGAGACGUACUGUUGAUGUAAAUCCUGAAGUUAGUGUUGUAAGAGAUAUACGUGAAAAUGAGUUGAGAAUUUAUACUGAUGCUGGAAGAGUUUGUCGUCCUUUAUUUAUAGUGGAAAAUGAAUGUUUAAAUAUAACCAAAGCUCAUAUACAACGAUUAGAUGUAUACAAAAUGGUAAGGGCUAGUUUAUGUCGAUCAAGGAAAAGAAAGAAAAGGAAUGUCACUUAUACAUGGCAAGAUUUAAUAUCCAAUCGAUUGAUAGAAUAUAUUGAUGCAGAAGAAGAAGAAACAAUUAUGAUUUGCAUGACACCUGAUGAUAUAGCAGAUUCAAGGAAAGCUAAUAUGGUUUUUGAAGAACCUGAAACUGCUGCCGCUGCUAAUGCUAUGACAAAUGAUGUUUCAGCUCGUGUCAAGAGCAAGUCACAUCAAUCGAUACACACAUGGACUCAUUGUGAAAUUCAUCCUAGUAUGAUAUUAGGAAUUUGUGCAAGUCUUAUUCCAUUUCCUGAUCAUAAUCAAUCACCACGUAACACCUAUCAAUCUGCUAUGGGUAAACAAGCUAUGGGUAUAUAUGUGACAAAUUAUCAAUUGAGAAUGGAUACUUUGGCAAAUAUUUUAUAUUAUCCACAAAAGCCUUUGGUAACGACUAGAUCCAUGGAAUUCUUAAGAUUUCGUGAAUUGCCAGCUGGACAAAAUGCCAUGGUUGCAAUCCUUUGUUAUAGUGGAUACAAUCAAGAAGAUUCAAUCAUUAUGAAUCAAAGUAGUAUUGACAGAGGAUUGUUUAGAAGUAUUUUUUAUAGGAGUUAUAUGGAUCAAGAAAAGAAAGUGGGAAUAAUAUCAUUAGAAGAGUUUCAAAAACCCACAAAAGAAACUACCCUUAGAUUGAAACAUGGAACAUAUGAGAAAUUAGAAGAUGAUGGAUUGAUUGCACCUGGAACUAGAGUGUCCGGUGAUGAUAUAAUUAUUGGCAAAGUUACACCAAUUGCAUCAGAUGUAAUUGAAUUAGGACAAAGAACAGCUAGACAUAUCCAACGAGAUGCUUCUACACCUAUGAGAAGCACUGAAACUGGUAUUGUUGAUCAGGUUAUGGUCACAACAAAUGCUGAAGGAUUAAAAUUUGUUAAAGUAAGAGUAAGGAGUACUAGGGUACCACAAAUGGGAGAUAAAUUUGCUAGUAGACAUGGUCAGAAGGGUACGAUUGGUAUAACAUAUCGACAAGAAGAUAUGCCAUUUACAGCUGAAGGUAUUACACCUGAUAUUAUUAUAAACCCACAUGCCAUUCCUAGUCAAGGUGAUGCAACACCAUUUACUGAUGUAACAGUCGAAGCCAUAUCACAAAGUUUAAGGAGUCAUGGAUAUCAAGGUCGUGGAUUUGAAGUCAUGUAUAAUGCUCAUACAGGUCGUAAAUUGGCAGCACAAAUAUUCAUAGGUCCAACAUAUUAUCAACGGCUAAAACAUAUGGUGGAUGAUAAGAUUCAUUCAAGAGCAAGGGGGCCUGUACAAAUUCUUACAAGACAACCUGUAGAAGGACGUAGUCGUGACGGAGGUUUACGUUUUGGUGAAAUGGAACGUGAUUGUAUGAUAUCUCAUGGUACAGCUAUGUUCUUGAAGGAACGUCUAUUCGAUGCAUCGGAUGCUUAUCGUAUCCAUGCUUGUGAUAUCUGUGGAUUAAUGGCAAUUGCAAAUCUUAAAAAAAAUACAUUCCAAUGUAAAUCAUGUAAAAACACUACGCAGCCAAAUCGACCUACUUACCAACUCAAAUCAUUAUCACUUUAUAAACUUCAUAAAUUUAUCAACCAAUGA